AUGGCAUCCUACGAAGUCAUUGGCAUUGCCGUAGUCGCGGUAUUCUAUUUCAUCUUCAAGUUCCUCAACGCCACCGACACGCCCAAGAUCAAGGGUCUGCCCGAAAUCCCCGGCGUGCCCAUCUUUGGCAAUCUUAUACAGCUGGGAACCGACCACGCUCGCGUCGCUCAGAAAUGGGCUGCCAAAUACGGUCCCGUCUUUCAAACUCGCCUCGGAAAUCGACGCGUCAUCUUUGUCAAUUCCUACGACUCGGUGAAGCACUUUUGGAUCACGCACCAGUCGUCGCUCAUCUCGCGCCCAACCUUUCACACCUUCCACUCGGUCGUGUCCUCGUCGCAGGGCUUCACCAUUGGCACCUCGCCGUGGGACGACUCGUGCAAAAAGCGCCGCAAGGCAGCGGCCACGGCGCUCAAUCGGCCCGCUGUGCAGUCCUACAUGCCCAUCAUCGACCUUGAGUCCAUGGCGAGCAUCCGAGAGCUGCUGCAGGACUGCGACGGGGGCCGCCGCGACGUUGAUCCCAUCUCGUACAUGGCACGCUUCGCCCUCAACACCUCGCUCACCCUCAACUACGGCUUCCGCAUCGAAGGCUCUGUCGAUAGCGCCCUCCUUCACGAGAUCACCCACGUCGAACGCAUGAUUUCCAAUUUUCGCUCCACGAGCAACAACUGGCAAGACUACGUCCCACUGCUACGCCUCUGGAGCAAGCAGAAUACCGAAGCGCACGAGUUUCGGGCCCGUCGCGACAAGUACCUUACAGACAUGUUAACCGAUCUCCAGCAGCGCAUCGCUGAUGGCACGGAUAAACCAUGUAUCACUGGCAACAUUCUUAAAGAUCCUGACGCAAAGCUUAAUACGGGGACAGCUGAACUCAAAUCAAUCUGCCUCACCAUGGUCUCUGCUGGCCUUGAUACUGUGCCUGGCACCCUGAUCAUGGGCUUGGCAUAUCUGUCUACACCGGCGGGUCAAGCUGUGCAAGCCAAGGCUCUCGCUGCGAUCCAGGAAGCUUAUCCCAACGGCGACGCCUGGGAAAGGUGCCUUGUCGAGGAAAAGGUCCCUUACGUCACUGCCCUCGUCAAAGAAACAUUGCGGUUCUUCACGGUCAUCCCUAUCUGCCUCCCUCGUACCAAUAUCAAAGACAUCCCGUAUGAGAACACUGUGAUUCCUGCCGGCACCACAUUCUUCAUGAAUGCCUAUGCCGCUGAUUACGACGACCGCCGCUUCAAGAUGCCGGAGCAGUUUAUCGUCGAGCGGUUCCUUAACGACCACGAGGUCGGCACGCCGCACUACGCCUACGGCGCCGGUUCCCGUAUGUGCGCCGGCUCGCAUCUCGCCAAUCGCGAGCUCUUCACCGCCUAUGUCCGCAUCAUCACCGCCUUCCAGCUCACCCAGGCCGACAAUCCGGCCGACCGCCCGGUCAUGCACUGCCUCGACUGCAACAGCACGCCCACGUCGCUGACUCUGGACCCCAAGCCCUUCCAGAUGAAGCUCAAGCCCAGAGACGCCGAGCAACUGCAGCAGUGGAUCGCUGAGGCGGAAGAGCGCACCAAGGAUCUUUGA